ACAAAAAACAAACUUUUUAAUUAAAUUCUGGUGUUUGGCUUGCAAAAUAAAAUGGAUGGUAAACAAGAAAAUCAAAUACUUGCAGUGGUGAAUGAAUCGAAUGUUAAUGGGAAGUCGCAGGAAGUUUCAGAAGAGCCAGCCGUGGUUGCAGCGGCAGCUUUACUUUCCACAUCAAAUGCGGACGAAGAAAAUGAUGUGAGUGCCUCUCCUGCUUCCGGUAAAUUAGUAAAAAAGAAGACAAAGACGAAAGCACGAAAUUCGGUAGCCGGCAAUGAUUUAGAUACCGAACUGAAGAAGCUGUCGCAGCGAAGAAUUAAUGUAGCCGGUGCCCCUAAAAUGCCACUAAAUGCAUAUGUGAGGUUCAUGAACGAUCGGAGGGAGGAACUGCGUCGGGAGCUUCCGCAACGCACAGCAUUGGAGCACACGAAAAUCAUUGGUGAGGAAUGGCAUCAGCUGACCGAAGAUCGCCGGACGCCGUACAUGGAAGCGGCUGCCAAAGACAAAGCAUUAUAUCAAGAACAAAUGCACAAGUUCUUGAAGGAGCAUCCUGAAAUCCUUGCAAACGAGUUGGCCAAAGUUAAAAAGGUAUUCGACAGCAAAAUUCCCAAGGAUAAGACAACCACCAAUAGCACCAACAUUGAUGUCGUCCCGAAGAAAUCAAAUGCCAAAAUGCCGGUGACCAAACAACAAAGUGCACCAACUCCAGAUCCGGACGACAUUCCCCUGGCGCAGGUGAAACGUACGCCAACACCUCCGCCUCCUCCGCCGUCACAACCACCAUCAUUUAGUGCUUGUGCCAGUGUCAUACCACGUCAAUUUGCAGCUGGCGAGAUUCCCAUAUACACCAACGAGUUCAUCGAACACAAUCGCAGCACGGAAAAUGAGCUGCGAAUGCUGCGCAAGACCAAAACCGACCUGGAGCAACAGAAUUCCGUACUCGAACAGCAUGUGGACAACACCAAAGCGGGACAUGCCAAAGUCAUGGGGGAGGUGACCGAGCUGAAGGAGGAGAACGCACGAUUAAAUGCGUACAUAAAGGGUCUGCGACAGAAGGUGGUAAAAGCCUUGGAGGGCGUCACGUUGCCUCCACUGGAUCCCAAUGGACUGAGCGUGAAGAACGUUGACACCUAUAUACAACACUUGGCCAGCAUGAUCAGCAGCUCAUCCGUUGGAGGGCAACAAAACAACGCAAUGCUGAUGCAGGUGGGAGAUGUCUUGGGCAAAAUGGAUACAUCGGGAUUACAAAAGCCAUAAAUAUAGAUUAGUAGUAGUUUUACCAUUAAGUCAGUUAGUUCUCUAUUUAUAUAUAUUCAUGUGUAUUUUCUGGUCUGCAUGAAAAUAAGCCUAUAUCUAAUAAAUCGAAGCACAUAACAUA